GGAGAAACCGUGACACCGCUGCUUUCCCCAAUCAAUCUGGCUCUGGUAAUCUGGCUCUGGAAUAGUGUAAUGGUGUAGGAGCGGUUCCUCUCAUACCAAUCUGUAACCUGGCCCUGGAAGAUGCCGACUUUCGGCUGGCAGGAUAAUGCAUCCCCACAUGCACAAUUCAUCCGCAGCGUGGAUUGGAGCGCAACCGCAAUCGGUGCGCCGGAAACAUGGCCACAACAACUCCAUCAGAUGAUAGAUCUGAUCAUGCUGGAUCCAACGCCGAGUGCCAUCAUGUGGGGUGAUUCUCUCACUAUGGUAUACAACGACGGAUUCGUCGAAUUUGCUGGCGAGAAGCACCCGAAGCUUAUGGGAGGAACUCCGAUGGUGUCAUAUGCAGAGGUCUGGGAAGCUCAAUUCGCUCCAAUCAUCGAGCUGGGUAGACAGAAGGGCAAGGCUACCCGCCACAAGGAUGUACCUCUUUUUCUGAAACGUUACGGAUACCUAGAGGAAGUUUUCGUGGACUACACUUUCAUACCUCUGACGGGUAACAACAAAGACGUGGUAGGGUUCUAUCACACAGCAGUCGAGACGACCGAUCAGAAUUUGUCCAGACGAAGGACUCAGACAUUGAUUGAUAUAGGAAACCAUGCUGGAGUUGCACGAGACAUGAGGCAAUAUUGGGAUGCGGUGCUGAAAGGAUUUGAAGGCAACAUUUGGGACAUUCCGUAUGCCAUCGCUUACGAAUUUCACAACGACAGAGAUGGAGACGGGUCCUCCACCAACGGUUCACGUCGUUCGGACUCCCGAUCUCGAUCGCAUCGCUCGGGUUCGUUCUCGGAGUCUGUUUCGUCUUCGGGUCGCAUCACUAUUCCUCGGGCAUGUAGCUUGGCCGGAGUCAUUGGAAGAUCGAUGGUCCAAGUUCCUCUAGGACUCGAUGUCGAACUUGACGAGGACGGCUUCCAUCAAAUUGUGAAGAAGGCAAUAAGUUCCGGAGAGCCUGUGCGCCUCGAGAUCGCACACGAGAAAACACCUGAUUGGCUCAGAUCAGACGAUCCGGGAAGAGCUUUCGAGGAGCGUAUCAAACACGCUGUCGUGAUGCCAAUCCGACCAACCACUAGAAACGACAGCGAGGGAUUGAACGCGAUUGGAUUUGUAGUGAUGGGCCUCAACCCUCGCCGCGCGUACGAUGACGAUUACCAACGCUAUACACGUCUCUGGAGCCAGCAGUUAGCUACUUCAGCUGCAUCGGUGGUGCUUCUGGAACAAGAAACUAAACGACAAAUGCAGCUCAAAGAGCAGCUCACUAUCAACGAAACUCGAUUCAGCCGCUUUACCGAGAUGUCUAACGUAGCCAUGUGGAUUGUUGAUCCUUCUGGUAACCUGGUCUAUGGAAAUCAAUCUUGGCAUGAGCAGAUGGACGUUAGGGAGGGAAGAUCUGCAGAACCGGGUCAGCCUGCUUGGGUCGGGAGCGUGACCGAAGACUCUAGGCCAACGCUGGCUAACGCUUGGAGACUUCUGACCGAAGAACAGACCGCAACGAAUAUCGAGAUUCGACUAAAUCCCACAAGAACCACAAAUCAGAGCCGAUGGGUCCUCUCGUCUGCUUUUCCGGAAUUGGCGGAAGAUGGAUCUCUCAAGGCAAUAUGGGGUUGCAAUACUGAUAUCUCACAUCAGAAACUGGCCGAAGAUCUUAAAGAGCAAAGACUGCUGGAUGUUCUCGAAGCGAAGCGUCAGAGCGAGUCCUUCAUCGACACUGUAUCUCACGAAAUGAGGAACCCGCUGUCUGCGAUUCUUCAGUGUGCUGAUGGUGUCAAUACUUCUAUCCAGGAUUCUCUGCAAUCAUCUUCUGAUGUAUCACACACUCAGCUUGACCGCGAAACCAUCGACUAUAUUGUUGAGUCGACGCAGACUAUUAUUUUGUGUGCGCAGCAUCAGAAACGCAUCAUCAAUGAUAUUUUGACUCUGAGCAAGCUAGAUGCUCGUCUUCUCGAAGUCACACCAACAGAAGUUGAUCCCGUCGAAACCGUCAAACACGCCCUCAGACUCUAUCAGCAAGAAUGUCAGAACGCAGACAUCGAAAGUGCAAUCCGCGUGGACCACUCAUACAACUCCCUGGCUGUCGAUCGUGUCUAUGUUGACCCAUCGAGAUUGUUGCAAGUCUUGAUCAAUCUCCUAGGUAACGCGAUCAAGUUUACACAGCAUCAAGAUCAGAGAAAGGUCACGGUCACCAUCAGCGCAUCAGUCCAAAGUCCGGCUAUGCAAAGCGAUGGAGAACAGUACUUCUUCCCCAGGGCCGCAAAGAAAGAGCCAGUCCUCGGUCCUGAGUGGGGAACUGGCGAAGAGCUGUUUUUACACUUUUCGGUCAAUGACACAGGUGUUGGUCUGACAAAUUCGGAAAUGAAGAACUUGUUCCUACGCUUCUCACAGGCAUCACCCAAGACUCACGUCACCUACGGCGGUAGCGGUUUGGGUUUGUUCAUCUGCAAAGAACUUGCCGAAUUACAAGGGGGCCGGAUUGGAGUCUCGUCCGUACCUGGCAAAGGAAGCGACUUUAAGUUCUACGUCAAGGCCCGCCGAUCUACAACACCUCACACGCGAGAAAAGUUCGAAUUCGCAGAACUACCUGCUGCGAGAACACCACGACAAAGCAAAUCUCAGUCUCCUCACAAGGGUCAAAAAUCUCCCGACGAGAAGACUGAAUUACGGGUCACACAUCCCAACUAUAUUGCUCCAUUGAAUAGGAGUCACUCGGCAUCUCAAAAUCCGGUCGUCGGAUCUCCAGCUGAUGCCAACACUUUGCAUGUUCUAGUCGUGGAAGAUAACCUCAUCAACCAGAAGGUGAUGGCUCAACAGCUCAAAAAAGCAAAGUGUGAGGUCCAUGUCGCAAACCAUGGUGCGGAUGCACUGUUGUUCUUGGAGAAGACCACCUUUGCGAAGGGUUGCGGGCCGUUCGCAACUCCAUUAUCGAUUAUUCUAAUGGAUCUAGAAAUGCCUGUGAUGGAUGGAUUGACGUGCAUACGAAAAAUAAGAGAGUGGCAAAAACAAGGCAAGCUCACAAGGCCAGUGCCAGUAAUCGCAGUCACAGCCAAUGCACGCCAGGAGCAGAUUACAAUGGCGCAAGAAGCAGGAAUGGAUGAUGUCGUCACUAAGCCGUUCAAGAUCUCCGAGCUGACACCCAAGAUGCAUACACUGAUAGAGAAGAUUUCUACUUGAUUGCUUUCCCACUUUGCAUAUGCCAAGGUCUGGCUCGUGUCAAUGCAUACACCGGCGUUUGGCGUCACAUACAUUUACAUCGCAUCAAUUUAGCCCAGCGAUUUUCAGCAAGACAUAGCUGUUGCAGCCAUCUUUCCCUGCUACUGCAGAAGAUGCAUUGAGCCUCUGCUCUGGAUAUAGACAUCGCGAUGCUAUCAGGAAUUCACCCAGACACAAGCUUCGGUCUUGACGACCAUUUCGAGAAAGCGCAACGCAUCGAUCGUGACUGCGAGAAUGGUGUGCCGUGUUGGACGCAAGCACGCGGCAUGAUGGCCGAAGACACGUUCGGACCUGCCUAUUAAAGGUUAUCGAUAGAUAAAAUAGGUCAUUGGAAGAAACAACGACGCAGGUAUAGCCGGACAGCCUAAAAUCUAAUUUCAGCCAACCCCCCAAUUCACCUCACCCCGCAUCUUGACAUGAUGGGUAACAUACAAAUCUUCAC